AUGUUUCUUGCGCCUGCGCUCAUUCUCGGGGCAGCGCCUAUGCCCGCGGCGGCUGGCGACACCUUCUACAAGCUCGACACGCCCGACGAGAUCCGGCAAAGCGCUAGGACACUCGCCUACGACCUCGUCACCUUUUACAAGGGCAACCAGUCCGGGCAGAUCCCCGGCAUGCUGCCCGGCCCGCCGGCCACCGGCACCGGCGACUACUACUGGUGGGAGGGCGGCGCCAUGAUGGGCACCUACGUCGACUACGUCCACCUGACGGGAGACACCAGCUACAACGACGUCGUCGCGCAGGGCCUGCUCUUCCAGUCCGGCCCGGACGCCGACUACCAGCCGCCCAACCAGACCAUCGGCCUCGGCAACGACGACCAGGGAUUCUGGGGCAUGGCUGCUAUGCUCGCCGCCGAGACGCGCUUCCCGGACCCGCCGCCCGCGCAGCCGCAGUGGCUGGCGCUGGCGCAGGCCGUGUGGAACACGCAGGCAGAGCCGGCUAGGUGGGACGAGGCGUGCGGCGGCGGGCUGCGCUGGCAGAGGCAGUUCUUCAACAACGGCUACAGCUACAAGAACGCCAUUGCAAACUCCGUCUUCUUUAACCUCGGCGCGCGGUUGGCGCGGUACACGACCAACGACACGUACGCGCAACGCGCGGCGCAGACGUGGGACUGGCUCUGGGACGUCGGGUACAUUGACAACGAGAAUUGGCACGUCUACGACGGCGGCCACGUCGAGCACAACUGCACCGACAUCAACCGGCUCGAGGUCUCGUACAACCCGGCGCUGCUGAUCCAGGGCUCGGCGUUUCUGUACAACUACACCAACGGAGCCGAAAAGUGGAAGUACCGCAUCACCACCAUGCUUGACUCGUUCCUCAAGGAGUUCUUCCGGGACGGCGUCAUCUUCGAGACCGAUUGCGAGACGCGCGACCCGCCAUGUACGACCGACAUGCUCUCCUUCAAAGGCUACUGCUUGCGGUGGCUAGCCGUCACCACACAGCUCGCGCCAUUCACGCGCGAAGCCAUCGUGCCGGUACUGACGGCGUCGGCGCGCGCCGCUGUGCGGCAGUGUACCGGCCCGCCGACCGGUCGCCGCUGCGGCUUCUAUUGGACCACGGGCGGCAGCGGCGUGUUUGUCGAUCCCAAGGUGGACAACACUACCGGCGUAGGCGAGGCCAUGGACGUGCUUGCGGCGGUCAUGAGCCUGCUUAUCGACGGGGCCGAGGCGCCGGUCACAGCGGCGGACAGGGGAACCUCCAAGGGCGACCCCAACGCGGGCCAGCCUGGCGCCAAAACGAAGGUGAGGCAGUGGCGGAGUAUCACGGCGGCGGACAGGUUCGGCGCGAGCGUGGUGACUGUGCUGUAUGUGAUGGGGCCUGCGCUGUUGCUGGCGUGGAUCUGCGUGGAUGAGACAAAAGGUGAGGGUAAGGUGAAGGAUGCUGAAGUUCCGGAAGCAAGUAGUAGUCAGGCUUCAUAG